GACUUUUAAAAAGCCAAAUAUUCGAAUGCGGGUUAAAGCAGAAAUGCGCAUGCUCGGAGUAAUUGCCGCGAUAUCGGGUCGUACUUUCGCUAUUAACGAGAGCACUUUCAAAUAGAAACGAUCCUUGUAACUCGUACCAUUGGUGGAAGUCGGAAGCGCUUUAGUAGGGAGCCUGACUGCAAUCUUUAUCUCCCAUUUGUCGGACAGCGAGAAGAGGCCUCGCUAUUGGACCGUCGCUGUUAUUGUUAUCGUCCAACCCCAGAGUUCUCCAGCCUCGCUAGUGUGACGUUCGCCGUGCGCCGACCGAGAGAGUUGCUAUCUUGUGCCAAAGCCGUGGACGCACUGGUCUCUAAAACGAUGCCCGCCAGCAAGAGGGACGUACGUGUCAAUGUAUAGCGACUGCCAUCUGUAAAAGUGCUGGAAAUUGGCGGACUCCCACCUUUGCCUUCAUGGUUGUUGUGAGGAUGUCCUCUAAACGGAAAAGCCCUCCUACCAAAUUGUCAACAGAUGAAUUAAACAAUUGUUCUGUGAGUGGUAGGUUAGACAGCGAAAAUGGUUUGGAUAUGGAUGACGAAGAGAAAGAUCCAGACGAAGAUGAUCCACUCUUGUCUUGUCACCUAGAAGACGACGACGAUGACGAAUAUUGCAUUAGAGUCGAUAAUGGCGACGUCGAUUCGUGUGACAGUUUGACGAGUGAUGGAGCCGAAAGACCAAAUACUUUAAUGUCCAAUCGUAAACAAAGAUUACUUCAAAGCGUCUCGUCUUCAGCUCGAUCGGAAACAGCUACAGAUUCAGAAUAUGAUUCUGAGGGAUGUCAGAGUACAGAUUAUGCUCAUCAACGUCCAAUAACGACUUCGGGACAAACAAUGAGUCAUAUGUCAUCAGAAGCAGUAAGCAAAACGGGAAGUCGAAGAUCAAUGGACGACGUAUUGAAAAAACUAACGUCGAAAAUGACAACUAGUGCAACUCUUAGUGAUAUUAGGAAUACCGAUAUCGUUAAUAGAUCUCGAGUAAGAAGAGAGUCGAAUGAAAGUCGAAAAUCCAUGCUCAGCGAGGAUUCCAUACCCUCCAUUACAGUACAUGUGGAUAAGGAUAGGCCAAUGGUAGUUGUGGAGAGUGAAGCAUUAAGGGCAGCACUUGCUGGAGAUAGUGUAAGUGAAAAAGAGAGAAAAUUGACAGAAAUGAUCAAUCAACUACAACAACUCAGGGAUCAACUGAUUGUACAACAGAGACAGCAUGUUCAAGGAGAUAUAAGUCAAGAAGACGCAACGAACGUUCAUCGUCAACACGAGAAAAGGCAGCAAGAACAAUUUUUGGAGCAGCAACAGAAGCUUCAAGAUCUUCAGAACCGUAUUAACGGACAGUACAUGGCUGAAGUGGCAGCCAAAUCCCUCUCGACUCUCCCAGCAACGGUAACAUCACAAGGAUUAAUGUUCCUUCCUAUGUUUGACGGUGGAUUGAGCGCUAUCACUCAUCCAGCAGCCGUCGCAACAGCAGCUACAUCUCUCUCACAUCUGACAGCAACAUCCGGAGUGACUCAAACACCUCGUUCUGAUCCUAUCGGAGUACCCUCUUGUUCUGCAAUAGAUGCAGAAUCAACGGUCUCCAUGUCGCCCUUACAUUCUUGGGCACCAUGUGUUCCUCAAUCAAUUUUGGCCAGUACAGGCAAUGUGACGACGGGUCACAGGACGCCAACCCCAUGCAGUGAUAAUGACUGCGACAUCCCUCUUAACUUGAGCAAACCAAAAACUUGCUCCGGUGGUAGUACUAGCAGCAGUGCCAGUUGUAGUCCAACGCCCCAAGCAGCAAUUAAGUUGGAAUCUAGAGACAGUAUAUCACCAGGAUAUACACCUAAUCAUACUUCUUCGUCUACUUCACCUGGCAUUAGCUCAGCCACUAAUUUAAAUUCUGCAUCACCUGUAUCUAGUAUGGCUGCUGCAGUAGCUGCUGGAUUCUUAGGAACAGCAGGAGCAGCAUCAUUACCAAUGGCUGCACCGUUUCUCACACCUUCCUCACCAUAUGGUUCAAUCCCACCUCAUCUAAGGCAUUUAUCAAGUGUAUCAUUUGGAGGAAUCGUUGGACAUCCAGGAAAUUUAGAAUCUGGUCUUUCAUCCAAAGAAAGUAUUUCGUGUACCGUGUCAGGAAUGAGUGCCUCGUCUCAUUGUGUUACAUCUAGUGCUUCAUCCGAUAAGUUUGCCCUUCCUCUCUAUCUAUCAACACCCGGAAUAGCAGCAAUGAAAAAGGAAAGUUCUGUCGAUAGAGAAACCGAUAAAGGUAAAAUAAUGGGGGCUAAAAUUAUUCGUCAAAAUAAGAAAGAUAUGGAAGGAAGACCUCACAUCAAACGACCGAUGAAUGCUUUUAUGGUGUGGGCCAAGGACGAAAGACGAAAAAUUCUCAAGGCUUGUCCGGAUAUGCACAAUUCCAACAUUUCCAAAAUCUUAGGUGCAAGAUGGAAAUCAAUGACAAAUUCAGAAAAACAGCCAUAUUAUGAGGAACAAUCACGAUUGAGUAAAUUACAUAUGGAAAGACAUCCCGAUUAUCGUUAUCGACCCAGACCAAAGAGAACGUGCAUCGUCGAUGGCAAAAAAUUGCGAAUAUCCGAAUAUAAACAAUUGAUGAAAGCAAGAAGACAGGAAAUGAGAAAUUUAUGGUAUAGAGACGGAAACGUAGGACUUCUCGAUACUCCGACAUUGGUAAAUCCAGCUACAAUGACAUCACUUCUCUCAGAACUACCAAAUACAUCAACCGGCGAUGUAAUGACUAAUUUAGCACCUAAAAUUCCUCCUCCUCAUCCCCAAACAACGACAAACGGAAUAUCUGAUGUGAAAAUGUCAUCCGCAUGUAAUCCGGCAUCAGUCCAAGGAAUGGGUAACUUGAGCGGAGUUGGAUCCAGUCAAUCUCCCUCAACUUCCACCGCAAUGGAAACUUCGACUUGAAAUAAAUCUCUGUACAGCAAAGUUAUUACUUCUCUUAAUAAUUUGUGUUAUUUUCUUCGUGGACCGGGCUCUCCCGAUCUGAAAUACCACGUGGGAAUGAUCUCCCUAAUGAUUCAAGAACUGAUGUUUCAUUAGAUGAGUAGCAUCCUGGUUCGGAAUCAGUCCCAUUAUUUGUGUUGUGUGGAAGAAAAUAGACAAUGAACAUGAAGAUCAGUAAAAUAAGUGAGAAAAUCAACCCCAGAUCAAUUAUAAUUUCGCUAAUUCAAGUUGUUUCGAUUCAUAGUCAAUAAGGGGUAUGGUUUCAGAGAAUGACAAGUUAUGAAAUGUGCAAUUAAAUUUUUUUUUUUUUUUUGAUUGACGAAGAAGGUAAUAAGGACAUAUUCUACUCUCUUAUUCUUAAUCAUUUAUGUUUCUGAACUGUCUUAUUACCGGUGAUUCUAAGAGAGUUCCGUCGAUUAUAGACUGCGUUAUAUUUACAGAGAAGACAAAUGCAUUUACUUUUUUUCUUCGUUAUUGCUCGUCCCAAGAAAACUUUCUGAGCAUAUUAUUAAGAAAGGAUUUUUACCUUUCAAGAAAGAACUUUUAUAGAAUCAGAUGGCAUUUCUUAACAGGCAUAUUCUUAAGGUUUCCAAGGAACUCUGCACUGUUAAAAUAUAGUUGCGUAAGAGUUUCGUUAAAUGCGACCUUUAACCUUCGAAUUUUUGUUGUUGUUGUUGUUAUUUAGUGUUAAAUUCAGAAAUAAGCUAUCGUGGAUAGUACAAUGCAUUGUAGAAAAGCCUUUAGUCUGUAGAAGUCGCAACAUAUACUGUAUAAAUACUGGAAUUCUGCUCAAGAAUAAUAAUCAUUUUUGUCGUAUAAAAUGAGUAAAGUAACUUCUAGUCUGUGAUGGACAACUGCAGAGUAGCUAGGGCUUUAUUGAAUGUGUCAGAUUUUCAUUACUCAUCACUUUGUGAUUUUUAUUUCUAAUAGGUAUGAAGCAACCGAAAGUAAUUUUAGCUCUUAGAGUUUACAAUUUUUGGGCAUUUUUUUCAUUAAUUCUCCACGAACUAAAAGCUAAAACUAAAGUUUUAAUUUUCGUAAUAUUAUGUAAAAUGAUUACCGUUCUUUUCUUGUGUUUUCUAAGAUUUCAUUUGAAAUUAUAACAAAACUAAGGGCUUAACUUCACUGCUAUACUUGGUUGGUUGUCUUUUGACAGUGUCAUCAAAAUAAUAUUGUCAAAUGUAUAUAACGUUAAAACUUGAUGUGCCCACUAUCACUGUGUCGUCUACGUAUAGAAAACAAAAGGUUAUUAAGCUCCAGUUUCUUUCUUGUAAUUCUAUAACCUUUAAACUUAGCAUCUUACUGUACUGUAUUGUUAUCAUAUUUGUGUGAUAUCUCAUUUCAGCCCUUUUCUGAUAUAUCUGCACAUUGCAGAUGCUCAUAUUCAUCCUCAGGAAGAAGCAAAAUGUUUCGUUUUUAGUCUUUCUUUCCAAGAUAAUGGAGAAAAAAAUAAACAAACUAAACGUUCGUCUUCCUUGCAUUUAUUUUAUAUAAAUAGAUAUAUAACAUUUACUCUAAACUGUUGUCUUGGAAGAUUGGCUUUUGCUUCUUCAUUCAUCGAGGCAAUGGCCAGAUAUUUUUCAUGCAUUUUCUUUGAUAUUGCUUCUCGGCAAUCUAGGGCAUUUCCAUUUUUCCCCCAUAUUUGUGUUUUGCAUCCCUUUAUGUAUAUUAUUAUAUUAUUGUUAAUAAUUAUUUCUCCAAAUUUUCUUCGUACGAAUCGAUCUUAUCGAAAGAGGUGUUGUCUCAUAGUUAUACAAUUAUUCUUCUUUCAUUGUUUUCUUUAAUUCUUUUGCAAUCGACAAGUUUCAAACUAAUAUGGAAUGCAUAGUUUUUAGUAUACUGAUAAUAGUCACGAGAAAGAAAGUUCAGGCCGAAUGCACAAAGUGCCAUAUCAAUAACUACAUGACGAUCAUCAUCUUGUGACUCAAAAUUGCGGGUUUGAAUUUUUGAAAAUUGCAUAUUCAUUGAAUGAUAUAUUGUUUACAGGGAAUGGUAAUUUAGUUUAUCUAAACUUUAUGAAUUACUUAGGAACAUAUUUUCGGCCUGUUUCUUUUGCGCAUUUAUUUCUUUAACAUGCCAUUUUAUGAUAAAACUCAGUUAUGAUCAUUUUCCUAAGUAUUAAUGCUUAGGAUAUCUUUUUGUACAAAAAAAAAUAUCCAAGAAAGAAAAUUAAUCAUGCAAAUUUUAUUUGAAAAAUAAAAUGAAUGAUCUUUCUGUCAAAAUGGUGUUUUGACUUACAAAAUAUAAAUAUUUUAAUUGUUUCUAUAAUUUAAAGAUUUUCAUAUUUUAAAAUAUAAGAGAAAAUUUCAUAUACAAAAGUUUCCGAAAAAUCUCACGAUUAAAAAUAACAGUAAUAAUAAUAAAAAAUUGUAACAUGAAAUACGUGAAUGUUCUGUAAUAUUCAUUUCGAAUUUACACAUGCUGUAAUAUGAGCAGCAUACGAUUUUAAAUAUUAUCUAUUGUGUCUUUUUUUAAUAUUUAUGUUUAAAUAUGUUCAGUCAAUAAUAAAACUGUAGAUAAUGUUUGAUAAACUGA